AAUGUUUUGUCAUACCUGUGGUAUACGGUCUGAUAUACCACGGCUUUCAGCCAAUCAGCAUUCAGGGCUAUAAACUGGGUGGUUCGAAGCCUGAAUGCUGACAGCUGUGGAAUAUCAGAUCUCCGGAUUGCGUCGUGCAUAAGAGCAGCCCUUAGCCGUGGUAUAUUGGCCAUAUACCACGCCACCUCGGGCCUUAUUGCUUAAAUAACCCACAUCCAUCUGUGUCGACUCGUAACAUAGGGAUAGAUCGAAACGCACAGCUUCUUCCAAAACCCCAAAAUAUCUCCCAAGUGGCAAGCUUGACGCCCAUAACCCCUUACCACAGAUCUAGGGUCUGAUAAGCCUACCCCAAAUCCUGAAAUUUGAGAAAAUAUCUGGGCAUGUAUCAGUGACGUCUACUAACUGGAAGGUACAGGACGAUGGACUGACUGUUGGGGAGGCGUUGCAAUGGCCAGUCCUAAAGUCUUCCACUCUGGUUAGAAGUUUCCCAUGAGCGGAUCUAGGAUCAGCGUACCCUGCCCCAGUCCUAAUUAUAACUUCGGGUGGAAAAUAGUUGGAACAGAGCUUAGAUCAGCGUCUACAGGCAACUCCUUAUUUGAGUAAUAUGAAGUGGGUGGGCCUUCAUGAGAGGUGUUCGUAAAGUCUGCCCCAUCCAGAAGCUUCUCUCUCAAUACCCAGUCCCUCUUCCACCUCUCUCUUCCCCUCUUUUUUUUAUCCAGCACUCACUAGCACGCUUCGGGAGCUCUGGAGACUCAGUCCAGUCGUCCUAGCUCAACACAGGAACCAUCAUGGCCAACUGCAGCAGUGUAUCCAGUCUCGUCCUUCUGGUCCUGCUAGGCCUCUGGGUAGCCACCAUCCACUCAGAGACCGUGGAAGACCCCACGCCAACUUUACAAGGGGACAACCAGGACACACUGUCCGGUGGCGGGACAUAUGACGUCACCACCAAAGAUCCCUUCAAGGACAUGACGGAGAGAGUGUUAACCUUCGAGUAUGAGGACACCACCCACUCACAGGUCAUGGAUGAGGAGGAAGGUGUCCUGGGCCCGGGCGCCAUCACAGCUAUUGUCAUCGCUGUCUUCCUGGGGGCUUCAGUCCUCCUCGCCCUCAUUGUCAUCACACUCAGGAAGUUCACCGCUUCCUAGAGCCACAAAUUCCUCUUCCUCCCUUUCAAUCUCUCACACUUUUCUUACCUCCACUUCUCUCUCAUUCAUCUAUCUUCAUGGUCUUUCUUGCCCAUUCUCUCACUUUUGCUCAGUUUCUCUUAUACCCACACAUAUUGUGAAAGUGACAACCCUUCUAUAACCCCUGGACGCUCUAAUAUAAUGGCAGGUCCCUUUAGCCUUGAAGCGCAACCAACAAUGAAUUUCCUUCAGACUCUAGCUACUAUAAUCAUAUUGUUUAUGUUGGCACACAUGUCAGCUUGUUACUAAAUGGUCAAUCCUAGCUUCCACUCAAGUCAAAAUUGACUUACAACAGAGACUGGCAGGUUCUUCCAGUGUAUACAGGUAACUGCCAAAAUAAUGGAAACACUUGAGUAAAUGAGAGAGAAAGUAUAUUGAAAGCAGGUGCUUCCACACAGGUGUGGUUCCUGAGUUAUUUCAACAAUUAACAUCCCAUCAUGCUUAGGGUCAUGUAUAAAAAUGCUUAUCAGGCCAUUAUUUUGGCUAACAUGACUAUGCCCCCCCCAUAGGAUGACAACAGGGCACAUCCACAGGGCACAAAUGGUCACUGAGUGGUUUGAUGAGUAAACGAUGUAAACCAAAUGCCAUGGCCAUCUGUCACCAGAUGGGAUAUUCUGGAGUGGUGCUUGUGACAGCAUUUUCCACCACCAUCAACAAAACACCAAAUUAUGGAAUUUCUCAUGGAAGAAUGGCAUUGCAUCCCUCCAAUAGAGUUCCAGACACUUGUAGAAUCUGGUGCAUUGAAGCUGUUCUGGCGCAUGGUGGCCCGACGCCCCCUAUUAAGACACUUUACGUUGGUGUUUCCUUUAUUUUGGCAGUUACAAUCAGAUCCACUUUAGCCAACAUCCGCUUAGCGGAUAAUGCCAGAGGUGAACUGCAUUAUAGCUGUCAAAUCUAGUGGCUCCAGGCAUUACACCAAAAGCAGACAUCUCCCUUGGUCACAUUAAGAGAAAUCCAAUGCCUGUCAAGAUUUCUUAAAGAUUUUUGAACAAUGUAUCUGUUAUACUAAUCUGUAAUGAGCAUUUGGCUGAUCAGUGGGCAACGGCUGGUCCCCUUACCAAGAUGGGCCACCUCAGUUUUCUGAUAGGCUGAGUUGAGAUCACGCCCCCCCCCCCCUGCUCAUAGUAGUGGCUGGAGUGGUGUUAAUGCAAUGGUAUUAAAAAACAGUCUCCAAGUGCUUGAUACCAUUCCAGUGAUUCAAUUCCAGUUGUUAUUAUGAGCCCCCCCACUGUAAUUCAUCUCUUUUGAAAACAAAAUGUAUGUCUAAUGAUCUGUAGUUUACAGUUGUGUGUCCAAGUGUUUUGUCGAGCAUUGUGAUUUGUUUUUGUAGAAGUCUUUUUUUCUGACGGUUAUGUUGUGGGUUAGAGUAUCCUGUCUCAGAUUUAGUUUGUCUUGUGGAUGAAAGGGUGUGAUGAGUGUGUCUUUGAAGAUUGUUCCACCAUGUUCAUUAUGUUGCAGUAAUACUGAGUGCCUUAAAAGGCAAGUGUUAUUGACAAUAGAAUGAGAAUGAAAUCAUUUACCAAAUGCAGGCUAUCAUAUAAUAUGCCAGAUUUAUUUCCCCAAUGCCCACAAUGUGUUACUGUUUAUUGGCAAAUAGGUGUUCAAAAGAAACGUUUGCCUAUUUACAGGUGACCCAUAUUGACCCAAAAAUCUAAUAUUUUAAGAUGAACAUGCUUCAAUAAAUAAACAUAGAUGGGGUAAUUAGUUUGUUUAACCUGCAAAUCACAUUUUAACCUCUGGUCUAAAAAGACAAUGACAACUGUUGUGAGUGUGUUUGUGUAUGAGUGCAUGUGUGUGAUACUUUUUGAUACGUUAUGUCACCAUUUUCUGUAUUCCUCUGUGGCCUUUUACCAAACAACUAACUAAGGCUGGGAUUCAUUACCUGCCAUAGAAAUGUUUACGAGGUGUCUUUAUUUACACACUUCAUCCCGUGCCCACACUUCAUCCCGUACCCACACCCACAAUUCUGAAAAGUGUAAGCAGUCCUGAGGAGGAUCGCCCUGGUGUAGUUGCAGGUUUUAUACAGUACCCAAUACCAGUCUGUGUUAAUUUGACGAUGGAAAAAGAGCUACUGCAUAAAUACUGCAAUGUGGGUUUGGUUUAUCUGAGCCCUAAUGCUUUUGUGAAACAAAUAUUUUUUCAUAUAAUAAUAUCACUGGUUUGAACGGUCUGGUUAAAAAAAUAAAAGAUUAAACAAAUCCCUUUGUACAGCCAAAUAG